AUGGCUAUGCAUGCUAACACCAAGCAGAGUGUGAGAAAAUUGCAUCUAUUUAGAGACAAGCUUUUGAGCUCUCAUUCACCACAACAGAUCUCAUUUAGGUCCACCACCAGACCAUCUGGAAGAUUCAAGGCUGCUGCACUGGUCAUGACCAAGAAAAGUGUGAAGCAGGUCUAUGCCACCAAACAGAGGAAGGACAAGAUCAAAGAAUCAAAGAUUAAGGAAGUGACUCAGUCAGCUGUUCAAACAACCAUAGAGAAGAUCAAUGACAGGUUACUGAAAGCAUCCCUAGGCUACACAAUGACAGAUGUCAUGUCAGAGAACAACUUUGGAAAGGGCCCAAAGAUGAUUGCUCAGACCAUCAAUAUCAGAGGCAUCAAUGAUUCCUUCCUCAAGGAAUUUGGCUUGCAGGUCCAAUGCCAGGGCCUUCAUAACAAGGACAUGCACAAUGCCAUCACCAUAGGCAUCAACAAGAAGUAUUAUCUUUGUGCCAAGAUGGAGCUGGGGCAACCUCAGACUGAGGAAAUGAAUGCAUCUUUGAAGAAAGCAGAGGAAGUGGCUUUGAAGGAGGUGCAAAUACAUGGCAAGUUGCUGGUGCAUUUCAUCAAUCAAGGCAAGUGA